CUCAGUCUCACUCCGAUCCCCAUGCCAAAAGGAUCUCCGGGUAGCUAAACAAUCGAAUAGUUCGCGUACUUUCGGCGUUGGUAAAUUCACACCGAUCCGACAUUAAAAAUAUGUAGUAGGACACUAUUUGAAAUCCGUUUAAAUUAUGUAUUCAACUCAUAAAUAGUCGAGUUAUUUCUUUGUGUACCUUAUGGCGGUGGAAAAAAUGACGGACGCUGCGAACGAAAAUACCGGACAAUGGAGCGGUUUGUCUUGGAAAGGAAAGUUAAAACACGUAAUCGCUAACAUAACUGUCGAGCCGAUUUUAUGUUGUUACUUACUUCCUAAUGUUCUCGCUGCUCUGACAAUAAUGAAUUUAAACUUAGAAAAGGCGUGCAGGGUAAAUUUGCACUACAACGAUUCCGUGUGUGACGCGCAUUCUGCCAGGAAUUCCACCGGUAUCGAAAUGGAAGAAGAAAAAAUUCAGGAAAUCGUCGUGGCUAUGAAUUACUGGCAGUCCAUUUUGAGAAGUUCCCUGCCGGCGGUUUUAAUUUUGUUCUUUGGCUCAUUUAGCGACCGCAGCGGGAGAAGGAAGCCGUUUAUGCUGCUGCCGAUAGUCGGCGAACUGUUCACAGUCGUCGGUUUGCUGUUGUGCACUUAUUAUUACUACGAAUGGCCUAUGGAAGUGGCCGGUGUCAUCGAAGCCCUUUUUCCAGCUCUGACCGGCGGAUGGACGACCAUGUUUAUGGCCGUUUUUAGUUUUAUGGGAGACAUAACGACCCUGGAAAUGAGAACCGUACGCCUCGGGAUAGUCAAUGUCUUCGUGUCUAUCGCGGCCCCGGUCGGAAUCAUCCUCAGCGGGUAUCUUUACCAGUUGAUAGGUUUCUACGGUGUAUUUUCCACUGUCGCCGUCCUGUAUUUCCUAGGACUGAUUUACGGCCAAAUGCGACUCAAAGAGGCCAAAACGCCGAAUAAACUCCAACAUGGUUUCUGCAAAGAGUUUCUGAACCCUACGCACGUCACGGACACUUUCCGCGUCGCGUUUAAGAAGAGGCCGGGAAAUCUUAGACUUCGCGUACUACUCAUAAUGAUCUUAUCAUUUACAAUUUUUGGACCGAUUAGUGGGGAAAUGGCCGUCGGCUAUCUCUUUACCAGGAUCAGAUUCCAAUGGAACGAAGUGGAUUUCAGCCUUUAUUCAACUUACGUGAUUGUAAUUAAUCUUAUAGGAACGUCCCUAGGCAUUGGCCUGUUCAUCCAUAUGUUUAAAAUGGAAGACGCGAUGCUUGGGAUGGUGGCUUACACGUCAAAAUUGGUCGCAAGUAUUUUUUACGCUUUUGCCUCGACACCGCAGAUCUUCUACAUCGUAACUUUGAUCGACAUGGUCGGAGGAACGGGAUUAAUCGCUAUGCGGUCAAUUGCUUCAAAACUAGUACCUUCUGAAGAAUUAGGCAAAAUAAACUCUCUUUUUGGCGUGUGCGAAGCCGUGGUGCCAAUUGUUUAUCAGCCUUUGUACAGUGCUGUAUAUAACACGACAAGGCAAACACUGCCAGGCGCCUUUUUCCUUGUCGGUGGUGCAUUGAACGUUCCCACGAUCUUACUGUUUCUAUACCUUUACAUUCUCCAGAAACGAGACCCAGUUGGCACCUUAGUGACGAACAACGGCCAGGAGAAAGAAAGGGAUGCAGCCGAUGCUCAGCCAAAAGGCGUACAUAACCCAACGUUUGAGAAUGAUUUGAUAAUUGAUCAAACCAAGCUUUAAAUAUUAUUCUGUUCGUAUUUGUAAAAUAUUUUAUACUCUUGGUUAUUUUCAUUAAACGACCUAUUUUCAAAAAUGUCUUCCUUUUAAAAACAAAAGAAAAGUUAUCUUGACAUUUUAUUUUUAUAGUAAGUACCGAGAGUCUUAAAGCAAGUUAAUCAAAUACAUAUGUUUCUUUGUUAACAGAAA